AUGAAGCGUCGGAACCCUCCGUCCGGCGCCGGAUUCCCCGCAGGGGAGGGCUCGGGGUGGGAGGCGAAGAGGGAGCGGCCUAAUGGGGGUUGGAGAGGGAGACUGCCGGCGCCCGUGGUGAAGUGGUCGCACGCCGAGGCCAUGAAGAAGAAGCCCAAAGUUGGUGGCGGAGCAGCCUUGGUCGGAGAUGGCGGAGGGUGGCGGAUGGAGAUGGAGGCGGAAAUGGUGGGGCUUGAUGGACGAAGCUGCGGCGGAAGAGGGUUUUUUGGAACGAGCUGGGCGGAGGCGGCGGAGAAGAGCGCGGAUGCGGCCACCGGCGGAGGAGAGAACGAGUGGUGUUUGCCGGAGACGGAAAAGGCGAGUCCUUGCGUGGCCGUGGAAGGGGGCGGUGGAGGGGACGUGAGGGGCGAUGAGGUCAAGGAGGAAAUGUACGAUUGGAGGUGGACGGAGGCUGCGAGCCCGGAGAUAAUGGCGCUGAUACUGCGGGGCAGGUUCGCCGCCGACGAGAUUGCGCGCGGGCCCGCGGCGGUGUGCAGGGCGUGGAGGGAGGCCGCUGCGUCGCCGGACAUGUGGGGGGACGUGGACAUCGAGGCCUGGUGCCGCCGCGUCAAGUGCCGGGUCAGGGCCGACGCAGCUGUGCGCCGCCUUGUCGCCCGCUCCCAGGGCACGAUCCGACGGCUCUCCGCCUACCACGUCGGCGACGCCGCGCUUGCCUACGUCGCCGCCUCUGGGAAGUUGCUUAAUGUCCUCCAGAUCCCGAUGAGCGAGAUAUCUGACCAAGCCGUGGAGAAGUACGUGAAAUGCUUUCCUGCCCUAAGAGUGUUGGACAUCAGUUACUGCCUGAAAGUCACAUCGAGAGGCAUGGAAGCAAUAGGCCGACAAUGCAAGUCGCUUGCUCAGCUGAAGAGGAACAUGCCUCCGGAGUCCCCCCAAGGCAACGAUGCAGCACCUAAAGUGGUCGAAGACGAGGCCCUGGCGGUUGCGAAUACCAUGCCGAUGCUCAAGCAACUUGAGCUUGCAUAUGGUCUGUUCAGUGAUGUUGGCCUUGAUGCCAUCCUCACCAAAUGCCCUCUGCUGCGUACACUGGAUAUACUUGGCAGCUUGAAUGUCAGGCUUGACGGCGACAUUGAGGAGAGAUGCUGCGCUCUCGAGUCGUUCCGGGAGCCAUGGGAGCCUGAUUACGACGAGAACUCGAGCAGUGGUGGCGAUUACGACUACGAUGACACUGAAAGCGAUGAUUGA